GUUUUUUCUUUUUUUCCGGAUGUAGCAUCACAUGAACUCACUGUCAACAUGCAAGAUGGCCACUCAUCACAGGCAAAAUGCUGCUGGGCGUAGGAAAGUACAGGUUUCCUACGUGAUUAGAGACGAGGUGGAGAAGUACAAUCGCAAUGGGGUGAAUGCACUCCAGUUAGACCCUGCUCUGAACCGGCUCUUCACCGCAGGAAGAGACUCCAUCAUCCGGAUUUGGAGCGUCUACCAACACAAACAGGACCCAUACAUUGCAUCUAUGGAGCAUCACACAGACUGGGUUAACGAUAUAGUUCUCUGCUGCAAUGGAAAAACAUUGAUAUCAGCCUCAUCAGAUACAACAGUGAAAGUAUGGAAUGCACAUAAAGGAUUUUGUAUGUCGACGUUACGGACGCACAAGGACUAUGUAAAAGCUUUAGCGUACGCUAAGGACAAAGAGCUUGUUGCGUCGGCCGGUCUAGACCGGCAGAUCUUCCUUUGGGAUGUGAACACACUAACAGCACUCACCGCUUCCAACAACACUGUCACCACUUCCUCACUGAGUGGGAACAAGGAUUCGAUCUAUAGCCUGGCUAUGAACCAGAUGGGUACAGUUAUUGUUUCUGGAUCUACUGAAAAGGUUUUGAGAGUGUGGGACCCUCGAACAUGUGCAAAACUUAUGAAGCUGAAAGGUCAUACAGACAACGUGAAGUCGUUGCUUCUGAAUCGUGAUGGCACUCAGUGCCUGUCGGGUAGCUCAGAUGGGACCAUCCGCUUGUGGUCACUUGGCCAGCAGAGGUGCAUCGCCACAUACAGGGUCCACGAUGAAGGUGUCUGGGCCCUGCAGGUCAAUGAGGCCUUCACACAUGUAUAUUCUGGAGGCAGAGACAAGAAGAUUUAUUGUACUGACCUGCGAAACCCAGACAUCCGUGUGCUUAUCUGUGAGGAGAAGGCCCCGGUGCUCAAAAUGGAGCUAGACAGAUCUGCUGACCCACCUCCAGCGAUCUGGGUCUCCACCACCAAGUCAUCUGUGAAUAAAUGGUCACUAAAAGGAAUGCACAACUUCCGAUCAUCAGGGGAGUAUGAUAAUGACUGCACCACCCCUCUGACUCCACUGUGUACUCAGCCAGAACAAGUUAUAAAAGGCGGUGCCAGUAUUAUACAGUGCCACAUUCUGAAUGACAAGAGACACAUACUCACCAAAGACACCAACAACAAUGUGGCAUAUUGGGAUGUGCUCAAGGCUUGCAAAGGUGAAGACUUGGGCAAAGUGGAGUUUGAUGAAGAAAUUAAAAAGCGGUUCAAGAUGGUGUACGUGCCAAACUGGUUCUCCGUUGAUCUGAAAACAGGGAUGCUCACAAUUACUUUGGAUGAGAGCGAUUGCUUUGCUGCCUGGGUGUCUGCAAAGGAUGCUGGGUUUUCAAGUUCUGAUGGAUCUGAUCCAAAGUCUUACAUCAGAUCCGAUCAGACUGAUUUCUCAGGAGGAUUGGAGCCAGUAAACUUGGGUGGCUUGUUGCUCCAAGCUCUGCUGGAGUUCUGGCCCAGAACCCGGAUAAACCCCAUGGAUGAGGAAGAAAACGAGGUGAACCAUGUGAAUGGUGAGCAGGAGAACAGGGUGCAGAAAGGAAACGGAUAUUUCCAGGUUCCACCUCACACGCCCGUUAUCUUUGGGGAAGCAGGAGGAAGAACCCUAUUUAGGCUGUUAUGUAGAGAUUCAGGGGGAGAGACUGAAUCUAUGCUGCUGAAUGAGACAGUCCCACAGUGGGUCAUUGAUAUAACUGUAGAUAAAAAUAUGCCUAAGUUCAACAAAAUCCCAUUCUACCUCCAACCCCAUUCUUCUUCUGGUGCAAAAACUCUAAAAAAGGAUCGUCUCUCGGCCAGUGACAUGCUCCAGGUGAGGAAGGUGAUGGAGCACGUUUACGAGAAGAUUAUCAACCUGGACAACGAGUCGCAGACCACCAGCUCCUCAGCCAACGAUAAGCCGGGGGAGCAGGAGAAGGAGGAGGACAUGGCGAUGCUUGCUGAGGAGAAGAUUGAGCUUAUGUGUCAGGACCAGGUUCUAGACCCCAACAUGGACCUGCGGACAGUUAAACAUUUUAUCUGGAAGAGUGGAGGGGACUUGACACUUCACUAUAGGCAGAAGUCUACAUGAAAUUUGUCAUUUUUAAAGCAGAACUCUGUCAUUUGCCAAUCACCACCCACCUCCAACAUGUAGUCCCUUCAACCCUGUCAUUUGUUUAAGAGUCACAGUAUCAGUGAGAAGCCAGUAAACGUCUGAGGACAUGAUCCAUGAUGUAUGUUCUGGGAAGAGAGCAGAACACUCCGGCGCAGCCAGCACACUCCUGGGAACUAAGUGGUCCAUGAUGGUCCUUUCACGUUUUAAGGAAUGGGCUGGGUUUUUCCCAACAUUUCAGCUACCUAUGUUUUCUGUUCCUUAAAUCUUUGCCUAUUAGGCAUUUAUUUUGAAGCGACUAAAGUUACAGUCUGUGUUUAUGAGUGUGUAUGCGCAUGGAUGUAGUAGACUGUUGGCUCUAGCACAUUCCAGAAACUCUCCUUGUUCUCCACACAAUGCACCCGUCUCAGCAGAACCGCCACUGUAAAACUUCACCUGGUUUCUGGGUAGCAUCACAGCCCACCCCAACGAAAUCCUUGUCUGCUUUCUGGGUCAACAUCGGCUAUCUCCACUUGAACUUACCUACCAUUCAGACGCCUGUGUUGCAGAACCUCACCGACAGAAACCUUUGGUCUUUUGUUUUUAGCUGUGCUGUUUUCCAUGAUUGAAUGUUUUUUUUCUGUAAACAUAUUUGUGACAUUUUUGGUUUAAAUGAGUUUUUGGUUUGGCA